CGUCAGAGCAUCAACGUUGUUCUGACGAUUAAUGGGAACCACAGGCGACGUUGGACGGUUGACGGUUGACUGUGAGGCUGAAGACUAUUGAGGCUCGUCCAUUCGGGUCGGACAGAAGAAGGGAUAUCCGCAACGAGACUCGACCGCACUUGAUCAACACCAUGGGGAAGCGGAAGGAUGCAAAGAUCAAGCUGGCACAACCAAAUCGAUCGGGGCCGGAUCCCUCACAAGAGACCCUCCUCGAGAUCGCAGAGCAGCGUGGACUGUUGAAGGCCCAGCAGGCCGCAGAAGAAGGGCUGGACGAAAGCGGAGAGCCCCUGGUCGGCAGACUCGGCGAGUCUCUUCUCUGGAGCAUCAGUCUCACAAUGCUGCAUUUCACACUGGACGUGUUGGUAGCAAAUCAAUACGCCGUUGCGAUCAAGUGGCCUGCUCUAGUUGCCAGGACUGCACAGGCAUUUCCCAUCAUCCUUCUCCUCUUCUACUCCUUCCAUCCUCAUCCUUCCCCUCCGAUUUUCCUCCCAAGGCUAUCCACACGAAUACAACCUCUCCUCCACCAACUACUCUUCUUCGUCAGCAGUGUUGCUGCAGGAUGCUACCUGAUAUAUAUCACGAAUAUGCAUGGAUAUUACGCAGUCAUGAAGCAGGCGCCUCCCCUCGGCUGUCUCUGGAUCUGGUCCGUGAUAGAGCUCAACAUCUUCUGGGCGACAAGCAGUCUGAUCUUCUGCGUCCUCUUCCUGAAAUACGGAGGAUAUUCCUUCCUAUAAAAAAAAUCAUAUGUUUGGAAUCGGAUAAAAGUUUGCUGAGGCGUUAUCUUUCUGCAUCGUUUGUGGAUAUGAUUGAUCGCCACUCUCUUCUCCGUCUGGGUUUGAAAGUGUGGCUUCCGUCUCUGACCGUCUGGGCGGUGAUAUCUGCUCGUGUCCUGGGAGGUUGGAGGUGACUCGAUCCCGGUGCAUAACCCUAU